UCAGGAAAGAGCUAACAACUUGUUACGGUAUUAGUCAGCACUACAGCACAACAGAAGCAGUUAGCAGGGUUGUGAAUCAGUUUAUCAUUUGUUCAGGGCUGUUAUAUUUUAGGACAUUGAGGAGUGUGUUUCUGUGUCUUGUGAGUUUGAUUUGUGUAACAUUAGCUAGUAUCGCCGGAACAUUUUAAUCGCUGCUCAGUGCUGUAGCUACAACACUGUAAGGAGAGAUUACUGGACUUGCAAUGAAAGCGGGCGUAGUCCACUGCCGUUGUCCAAAAUGUUUCUCGAUUCCUGCACGGAAGCGGGUCCGUAAGCGUACUCCAGCCCUAACCCUGCUGUCUCUGCCUGAGGAGGUCCUCCUCUGUGUGCUCCAGUGCCUCUCUGCUGAGGACCUGCUGUCUGUCAGAGCAGUUCACUCCCAGCUGCGGGACAUUGUUGACCAACACUCCAGUGUAUGGGCCAGAGUCAGUUUCAGGGACACAUGGCCAUCCCCUAGCUCCUUGUGGCUUUUCGAAAGAGCUGCCGAGAAAGGGAAUUUUGAAGCUGCUGUGAAGCUAGGCAUCGCAUUUUUGUACAAUGAAGGACCAUUGCUGAGUGACGAGGGGCGAGCAGAUGUAUGUGGUCGCAAGGCCUCCCACUUCUUCAGCCUGGCAGAGAGUCUGCACUCUCCCACGACAGAUCCCUUCAUCUGGGUGUUCAUCCGUCCACCAUGGUCGCCCACCGGCAGCUGCUGUAAAGCCGUGGUGUUCGACCGCCUCAAGGCCGAGUGUGACAAUAACGCGGACAAGAGAGGACCCUUGCUGCACUGUUUGGCCAGAGUUCUGCAGCUCUUUCAAGACGAGGAAAGACGCUCGGAUGCCAUAUCUAUGUUGGAGGAGUCAUCAAAGUCUGGCUGUCUACAGAGCUCCUACAUGUUGUGGGAACACAACCGGAAAGCAGCUAUGGCAGAUCCAGGCAGGUACCUCCAGUAUAUCCGAACCCUGAGGGACUAUGCUGGCAAAGGAUGCUGGGAGGCACAGCUGUCUCUGGCGAAAGUGUGCAGCAGUGGGAAUCCGCUGGGUCUGGAGUCAAAAGCCUGCUCGGACCUGGUGGCUCAGAUCUUCAGUUCCCCGAACCCAGCGUCAGGACGGUGCACUCAGGGCAUCCUGAGGCGAGAUAUCAAGGACACCAUGAGGUACAUCCUGGUGGACUGGCUUGUGGAGGUGACCACCAUGAAGGAUUUCUCCAGCCUGACGCUGCACGUGACCGUGGGCUGCGUUGACCGGUACUUGGCCCUGCGCUCUGUGCCCAAAGCUCGCCUCCAGUUAUUGGGGAUUGCCUGCAUGGUGGUUUGUACACGCUACGUCAGUAAAGAGAUCCUGACCAUACGGGAAGCUGUCUGGCUCACAGACAACACGUACAAAUAUGAGGACCUGGUUCGAAUGAUGGGCGAGGUAGUCUCUGUGCUGGAGGGAAGGAUAAGGAGUCCCACCCUGCUGGAUUACGGUGAGGUUCUGCUGUCCCUGCUCCCUCUGGAGAGACGGACCGCGCACAUGUUCAGCUACAUCUGCGAGCUGUCGCUGCUUUACUCCGCUCUAGCCACACCCCCGCCUUCCAAACUGGCGUGCGCCGCACUACUACUUACACGAGCGCUCCAUCACUAUGCUCCCCUGUGGCCGGCCCAGUUGAUUGACUACACAGGCUUCUCCAAGCAAGACCUCGCCUCCCUCUCUGUGCUGCUCUAUGUCAAGUGUUUCAGUCAAGACGUUCCCAAAGACUACAGGCAUGUAUCUCACGGUGUAAAGCAACGGUUUGAAGAUGACUCCUACCAGCAUAUCAGCAAAGAAAAGGUGAUGGAUUUUAAAGAGCUGUGUCAGAUCUUGGAGAUUCCUGAGGUGGAGCCUCAGAUGGAGCCUCCCAGUCCCACAGGUCAACCAGCAGACAUGCACACCUUCCUCGCCUCUCCAUCCAGCACCAACAAGAGGAGACGCGAUGACGCCAUGCAGACCCGCAGAGCCAGCUUUGUUGCCACGCCCACGGCAGAGCUGUCCAAUCAGGAGGAGACGCUGCUCGGAGACAUCCUGGACUGGAGCCUAGACACUUCCAGUUCCGGAUAUGAGGGGGACCGGGAGGAGGAGAGCGAAGGAGAGAAAGACUUUGAUUCUUCAAUGAUAUCUAUCAAACUGCACUCGCUGACUGAUGAAGAGAAAAGACUAGAGCACUGCAGAGCCUUGUCCAGUGACGAAGACAGCUUCUCUGAAGCAGAAAGGGAGGUGACCGAGGAUUGCCAGGAAAAGGAACCCCUCCCUUCCUCCGCAGACCUUCACAGCUCAGGAUACUCCUCUGUCCAGAGUAUUAGCCCCUCGUCCACAUGCUCCAUCUCCUCCCUCAUGCCUUGCACAUUCAAAACCUUUACCACUUCUCUGGGCGCAGCAUCCGCUAAGCCCCAGCCGGGCUUCCGCCUCUUGGUGCCCAUGCAGAGGCCACGGGGCACCUCCAGCAAACAAGUGAAGAGGAAGAACUCAGCAGCUCAUAGUGGAGGUGAGGUGGAAAGAGAAGACAAGGAAGAGGUAGGAGACCAGUAUUCUGCCAAAGCAGGGUUUCUGAGCCUAUAGAAUGGGAUUGUUUACAAUCCACCAGCACUUUUCCUCAUGCUGUUCCUUACUCCUGUCAGUCUGCACUGAGCCAUCAAUUUCCAGAACAUCAGGAGACGUUCUAGAAAGGGAAGACAAAUUUAAAUAUCUAGAAAGAUUAUUCUCUAUGAAAUUACAUUUACACGUCACAAUGGAAUACCUCCCUCGCCUUCAGGGCUGAAGCCACUGGAACAUUUCUUCACAAACAUUUCUGUUGUAUUGCCUUCUACUUCAACCCGUCUCAGAUCGAGUUAGGUCAUUUUAGAAGAAAUCAAACCUCAAAGACUGGUGUUUACGAGGAGGAAAAAGUGUUCUCAAAAUCAUAUUGUGGAAAACCUUAAACACAGCUGUCAUGGUAUUGGGAUUAUUUUGAUUAUCAUAGUUUCUGAUAUGCACUGUAGGUGAAAGACUCCUGUAUUUUGUGAAUGUUCAUGGACAUUUCUGCAUCUGAAGCCUAAAAACUAUGAUCUUAGAACUAAGGACAAAAUGGAAAAAUAUGAAUUCCUGUGUAUUUGCCAAAGGUACUGUAGUGGUGUCAUUUGUACUUUCAGGGGCAUCUACUUAUAUAGAAACAGAACUGUGAAGUGAGUUUUAGUAGCAUCUGCUAAAGUAUACACCAGCUGUGUUGUUAUUAAUUAUCAAUAUUAACUAGACACACCUUAAUCCCAUCAAUACGACCGAUGUUAUGAUUUUUCACAACUGGAUGAAUAUACAAAUCUCAGCCUGUCAUCCAGAUGUUUAGUGCUCCACAGUCAAAUGUCAGGAUGUUCUCAAUGCAAUGGGUAUUUCUGACAUGCUGAUUAGAUAUUUUCCUCCCAUCUAAAUUAGAUCGAGCACUUUUAUCAUCACAGAAGGAGUGUAAUUCAAUGAAAUGUAACCAUUUCCAUGCUUGAACAAUCAAUACUAAAGUAUUUUUGAAUGGAUUUGCUUUGCCUUCUUCGAGCAAAACGUAACAUCUGACACUAAAGGAAAUGUAUUACCUGAUGAGAUUUUUAAAGUACCGUAUGCCUCAUUCAGGACACUGAGAACACAAUGUCUAACUGUAAAUUUGAAACUGUUGCGCCAGACUGGUUAUAACCUGUGUUUUUAAUAUAUGUACAUAGUACUAUAUGUAUACAUGGAGAAAGACAAAGAACAUGCCACUACUUGAAAUGGUUUUCGCCUUGUUCCAAAAAAAGGGCAGCUUUCUUUGUGAAACUAAUGUUUUCCUACAGUACAGUGUUUUCUCAAUAGACCUGUGAUGUGAAUAUGUAUUUUUUUAAUUGAGUUAAAAAUAAAAGAAGCUGUCAUGCAAGUUUCC